GCUUCGUCCGAAGCAUUCGAUCUCAUGGUUGUGGUUGUGGAUCAGAUCCGAGAGAGCAGAGCCCGAUCAUGGUUUACGAUGCUUUCGGGCUCAGACGGAUAAUGUUGGCGGAAGAGAGAAGGUGCUGCGCAUGAUGGAGUCAGUUUAGUGAGUCAGGCAGCUCGCGGCGAUUGCUGUAAUUGCUGGCGAUUUGGUGCAUCUCUCGUUUCGUUUGGUGUCGUUGGUACAGUCGCUCGAGGCGUAGACGACAAUGGCGAUGGUGGGGACGAGAAUUGCGGUGGCCAGAACCGUCAGCAGCAUCGUCGCGCCGUUGCGAGGAGUGAUUCCCUGUUCUGCUUCUCCUUCCGCUUCAUGCUCGACGACGACGUCGUCUUCUUCUUCUUCCCUUUCUCGGUUCGCUGCAUCGCCCUUUGGGAGCUUGCAUUUGCGCCAUUCCUCUGUCACUUCGUGCACCUCCUCUCCCGCGGCUGUUCAAGCUAGCGAGUCGACAUCUCCUCCUCCUCCUCCUCCCGCGGCGCCCGCAGUAACGCAAGCCGAGCUCGACGCGUUGGACAUUCGGGUGGGCAAGGUCAUCAGAGCAUGGAAACAUCCCGAAGCAGAUUCUCUCUACGUGGAAGAAGUGGAUCUCGCUGAAGCUGAGGGACCUCGGACCAUCUGCAGCGGCCUCGUCAAGUACUUGACUCUCGAAGAAUUAGAGGGCAGGAAUGUCGUGGUCCUCGCAAAUUUGAAACCUCGUAACAUGCGUGGUGUCAAGUCCAACGGAAUGCUGCUCGCCGCGUCGAACGCCGAGCACACGACGGUGCAGUUGCUGUGCCCGCCAGAAGGAGCAGCACCUGGAGAACGAGUUUGGUUCGGCGCAGAAGCUGACCAAUCUGAGCAAGCAGCUGCUGCUACACCCAAUCAGAUUGCGAAGAAAAAAAUCUGGGAGAGCGUCCAGCCUCUCCUGAGAACCACAGAGGAAUGUGUAGCCGUAUGUCAGUCUAAGCCGAUGCGCACAUCUGCAGGUGUUGUGAAGUGCCAGUCACUACAAGGGGCAAACAUAGCUUGAACCCCGCACCCACGCACAGUACUCAAUGUUGGCCAGGUAUCCAGUCAAUUUGCAACGUAGAAAACAACCAUGAAGCUUCUGAUUACGGUAGAUCAUAUGGGAUGAAGGAAUCUUUUCUUCCUCUAGCCCAGGACUGGGUUUGUUGUCAGAGGUGAAGGUUUUAGUAAACAAAGAUCUCUUAGCUGCAAUAGCUGAAAACUGCACCCUGCUGCCAAAUUGUCACAUCUUUGCAAAGAGUCUCUUCGGUUACCAAUUCUUACAAUGCUUAAUGGCUUGAAGAGGACGUGUGACACGGGAAGAAUUGAGGAAAUUAUGGUUAUUGCCCUAAUCGUCCUAUCCCAAGUAUUCGAAACAUUAUUUAUGACUAUCAUGUGCUGUGACAAUAGUAUGUCCAACGACAGCAAGCUGAAAUUGGAGCACACUUCUCACGAGUCUACGUGUGGAAGCAGAUUCGUGAAGACAUCCAAAAGUGGCUCGUCCAAUGAGGAGCUCGAAUUACAGUUCAUGAACCGCUUGAAGUCAACCUUCUCUGUAGUGAUGGGAUUCGACACGAAGGAGCUUGAGUCCACAAGCUAGUCUUGAGAAAGGUUUUACUGUAGGAAAUACAUAGUAAAGUGGCGGUUCAUGCUUCCUAAGUUUUUGUUUUUGAAGAUUGUAUCAAACAGUACGCCGAGGUGUUAA